AUUUGAACAAAAAAAAAAAAAAAAGAGAAAGGAAAAAGAUGGGUACUCAAACAACACUUUGGUGUAGAGCAAGAACUACUAUAAGUGUAGGAGGUGAUUGGAAGUUGUUCGAAUCCAGAAUCCGAAAAAAGGGCACCACCGUGUCAACAAGUAGAAGCAGAAGCUGUUUUUGUUCUUCGCCGCUGACACUAAUCGUUUCUUCAAUGCCUUACGAGAAGGAAUUCGCCGCUGCAAAAAAAGCAGCCACUCUCGCUGCUCGUCUCUGCAAGAAAGUACAGAAGGCUCUUCUGCAAUCCGAUGUGCACUCAAAGUCAGACAAAAGUCCUGUCACAGUGGCUGAUUAUGGUUCACAAGCAUUGGUCAGCUUUAUACUUGAGAGAGAACUUCCUUCUGAACCAUUUUCAUUAGUAGCUGAGGAGGAUUCAGGUGAUCUUCGUAAGGAGAGUGGUCAGGAUACGCUGAAGCGCAUUACAGAACUUGUCAAUGAUACCCUUGCUAGUGAAGGAUCAAAUAGCUUUUCUACUUUAACAACAGAUGAUGUGCUUGCGGCCAUUGACGGUGGUAAAUCUGAAGGUGGUUCAGUUGGACGGCACUGGGUUUUGGAUCCGAUAGAUGGUACUAAAGGGUUUGUAAGAGGAGAUCAAUAUGCUAUAGCGUUAGCUUUACUAGAUGAAGGCAAAGUUGUAUUGGGUGUCUUGGCUUGUCCAAACCUUCCACUGGCAUCCAUUGGCUCCAAUCAGCAGCUUUCUUCUUCAAAUGAAGUUGGUUGUCUCUUCUUUGCUAAAGUUGGUGAUGGAACAUAUAUGCAAGCACUGGGUGGUUCUACACAAACUAGGGUGCAUGUCUGUGAUAUUGAUAACCCAGAGGAAGCAUCAUUUUUUGAAUCUUUUGAAGCAGCACACUCCUCACAUGACUUAUCUAGCUCCAUUGCAGAAAAACUCGGUGUCAAAGCACCACCAGUCAGAAUUGAUAGCCAAGCAAAAUAUGGAGCUUUGUCAAGAGGAGAUGGGGCUAUAUAUUUGCGUUUCCCUCACAAAGGAUACCGUGAAAAAAUAUGGGAUCAUGCUGCUGGCAGCAUUGUUGUGACUGAAGCUGGAGGUAUCGCCAUGGAUGCUGCGGGGAACCCUCUGGACUUUUCAAAAGGAAAGUUUCUUGAUGUUGUAUCUGGUAUUAUCGUUACAAACCAGAAAUUGAAGGCAUCGCUUUUGAGAGCAGUUAAAGAAGCACUCAAUGAGAAAGUUUCAUCCUUGUGAUCUCCAUUAAGCGAAUGAUUCUACAAAUGAGCUUGCUAACUUUGUUGUCGGCUCGUUAUAUGGGACCUUCCCCUCAAUUGUGCUAUAUUUCAUUCGUGAUCUGAUAAAGUUGAAUAAAUGAUGGGACUUCCUCUGAUACUUUCUUUGUAGCAGAUUUCUGCUCUGGUUUUUUUGCAGAUGCUAUUUUCUUCUCCUUAAUACUUGUCUUUUUCUCUCCUUUUCUGUUAGUAAACAGAGAUGAGAGGUCUUCUUUUAAGCCUGUUUGAAAAUUAAUUCUUCUUCAUUA